AUGACUCGCGAUGUCUACCUCAUAAGCUACGACUCUCCUCUCUUCCCUGCACACUGGAGCCUCUGGGUUCCUCUCGCGACCGAACCGACCCUCGGUAAGCGAAUCCAUGUUGCGGGCGAUGUUUUCACGGGCUUCGUCCAUGAGUUUGCCCGGCAGUACAGUAUAGCAAGCACUGCGCGCAAACAUACUCUCGUGUUCCUCGCGCAAGUCCAGGAUAUACACGUCGGCGACGUAAUCGACCGAGAGGGUUGCGAUAACGAGCCUGUCGAUGAUAUCGAGCGCGCGGCGCUGAGCGUGCCCGCUCCAGGAAAGAGCCUGAAUGUGGCUGGUGCGGAGCGGAGGAACAAAGUACACAUCCUGAACUGCCAGACGUGGAUGUUUCAAUUCAUCGAGGCCCUUAUUGCUGCCGAUAUACUCCCAGAAUCGGCACUGGAGGUGCCGAAGAAGGCACCGAGGAAUUGA